AGACAGGCGCCCGGCCGCGCCCCUUUCCUUUCCUCCUCUAGCUUCGGUUUGUCGGUGGGAGGCCUGGACUGGCCUGCUCGGAUCUCGGCGCCCUCCGUCUUCCUUUCGGUGAGGUGGGCGAGCAGAUUUCUCAUCACUUGUACUGUAAGAGGCGAAAAGAGACCCAUUCAAGAGAAUGAGUGAACUGGAACAAUUACGGCAGGAGGCAGAACAGCUCCGGAAUCAAAUCAGAGAUGCAAGAAAAGCAUGUAGCGACACAACUCUUGCUCAGAUCACCACCAGUCUUGACUCAGUGGGUCGAAUCCAGAUGCGUACAAGGCGUACCUUGAGAGGUCAUUUAGCCAAAAUUUAUGCUAUGCAUUGGGGAUCUGAUUCAAGGUUACUAGUGAGUGCUUCCCAAGAUGGAAAAUUAAUUAUUUGGGAUAGUUAUACAACAAACAAGAUGCAUGCUAUUCCUUUGCGGUCUUCCUGGGUAAUGACCUGUGCGUAUGCACCAUCUGGCAAUUAUGUCGCUUGUGGUGGAUUAGACAACAUCUGUUCUAUCUACAAUCUGAAGACAAGGGAGGGCAACGUACGAGUGAGCAGAGAACUACCCGGCCAUACCGGGUACUUGUCCUGUUGUCGCUUUCUAGAUGAUAACCAAAUAAUUACAAGCUCUGGAGACACUACCUGUGCUCUGUGGGAUAUCGAGACGGGCCAGCAGACUACUGCGUUUACUGGACAUACCGGCGAUGUCAUGAGUCUCUCUUUAAGCCCAGACAUGAGCACUUUUGUUUCGGGUGCCUGUGAUGCCUCCUCCAAGCUCUGGGACAUCCGAGAUGGGAUGUGCAGGCAGUCAUUCAUGGGACACGUAUCUGACAUUAAUGCAGUUUGUUUCUUCCCAAGCGGCCAUGCCUUUGCCACUGGUUCAGAUGAUGCUACCUGUCGACUCUUUGAUCUUCGUGCAGACCAGGAGCUCAUGUUAUAUUCUCACGAUAACAUCAUCUGUGGGAUCACUUCUGUAGCUUUCUCAAAGAGCGGACGUCUCUUUUUGGCAGGCUACGACGAUUUCAACUGCAAUGUUUGGGAUACCCUGAAGGGCGAACGUGCAGGUGUUCUUGCUGGUCACGACAACCGAGUCAGCUGCUUAGGGGUGACUGACGAUGGCAUGGCAGUGGCUACAGGAUCUUGGGACAGCUUUCUCAGAAUCUGGAAUUAACGAGGCAUUUGACACCUCCACCAAUAGACACGCACACCUUCUCCAUUGAGAUCUGGAGAGAGCAAUGCUGCAGCCUCUUGCUGUGAAAUAACAUUUCUACUUUGUAUUUACAGGUGAAGUUUUUCUACUUGCUGACGAUUGCAUAAGUAGGCUUUCUGUAAAUGAAGUUUAAACACACAAAAAGAAUGAAGAAGUGGUAGAUGGGAGAAAUCAGUGACUUUUCUUUCAAGGAAAAAGAGAAGAGGGCAGGACAUGUGUUUGGGGUGAGCAAAGCUAAAAAAAAAAAAAAAAAAAAGCCAGUCAGUUAGCAUUUCGUUCGGCUACAUUUGCCCUGAAGGGAUUUCUGCUUGUGCCCCAGUCCUGCUAAUUCUGUACCUUUUUGUACAUAAUUGAAUAUACACAUAGCAGCCAAUCAUGUAACAUUUUGUCUGUAAGUAAAGGAACGAUGUUUGCGAUUUUUUUUUUAAAAAAAAGAAACUGCAUUUAUAUAGCACUACGUUUAACCUAAGAUGUAUCUUCUGAGUUCCACGGUGGAUCGGCUGGUCUGCUGUUAUAAUUUUUCCCCUCUUCGUGAAUUUACUGUAGAUAAAGUGUGAAGUUCAUGAGCUGUUUGUGAAAUUUUAUAACAGAGUGUCUGUAUAAAACAAAACAAACAAACAAACAAACAAAAAAGGAAAUCCCUUAAUAACUCUUGUGACGUUUAGCUCCUUUCUUGCUCCGUGAUUUUUUUUUCUCUCCUUAGCGGUAGCAGAUCCCAGAUAAUCUAUUAGAAGCCAAGGGGCUCUGAUCACCACAGAGUUAAACAGAGGAUCGGAUGCAUCCUUCAAAUAUAAGGACUGAAAUGUUUUAAGGAUUUAGAUUUUAAGCUUCCUUCUAACAGCCUCUAAUGAGAUUUUAGGGCCAGGAAAUUGAAAGAUAGGUAUUUGCUUGAGACAGUGUUUGAUGGAUGUAUUUUUGUGGGGAUUGAAUAGUUGUAAAUGAGAUAUUUCUCCUCUUCUGUAAACGUAUUGUCUAGCUUAAGAUUGAAUGUGGGGCUGCUUCCAAUUUCCAGCAAAGAAAUUGAACCGUAUCACUCCAAAUGUAGGUGGGGCAUAUUCUGAGUGCAUCCACACAUUAUAAUUCUACUUUAUAUAUUCCAGGUAGAAAAAAGUUUUCUCUCGAAUGACUCUUGCGUAUGCGGCGGGGAAGUGUUAUGGUUGCCUCUUUAAGACUCCAGCACAGUGUUUCUCUUGAAAUCUGCAUUCACUGCACGAAGACUCUUUAAUACCGCAUUCGUAUUGCGUAAAGACUCUUGACAGUCUUUCUCAACCUUGGCAACUUAAGAAUGCCUGGAUUUCAACUCCCAGAAUUCCCCAGCCGUCAAGCUUGCCAGCCGGGGAAUUCUGGGAGUUGAAAUCCAGGCAUCCUAAAGUUGCCAAGGUUGAGAAAAAGACUACGCUGGCAUAUGUCACAUCGAUUUUUAAUGAGCUGCUUCAGACUUCAGUAAAGCCAGUCACCCACUGACUACAAGAAGUGCAGAAUGCUCAUUUUAAUAGCUGCUGUGCCAAGGGACAGGGCGCGUUCACCUAGACAUUCCAGAAAACUAAACUGUCUUUUUUUUUUAAGCUUUUGUGUUUGUAAGUCUCGGGGAAACGUUAACAAAUGAACUUAACUUCCCCAGUCUUCCUCUUUCCCUUAAAACAGAUCCCAUUUGGAAAGACUUCCCAUGCCUCGCCAUGGCUUCAGUCUUCUCUGGAGCAGCAAGCAUUGUAGGAUCCUGCUGUUUGGCUUUUUAAAUUUUGGAGUGAAGGUCAUCUAAUAAUUGGCCAUAGGAAUUGUCCUGUUCUCAUACAUAUACAGAGGGGUAGCUGAAGACGUGCUUUAGAAAAAAUCCUCGAAAUUAGUUUUCUUGCUGUCUGUACUUGUAGCAGGUAUGAAGUGGAUCUGAUUCUUCUGAAGUAUUCAUGGAUUGGCCUGCGUUGUAGAUUCAGUUCUAUAUUAAUAAUCAGAUUUGACAGUAGAGGAAGGAUUCAAUGUUAUAUGUCCCCUAAAAUCUCCACUUUCCAAACAUAGGUUGGUAGUUCUUCAUAUUUUCAAACAUAUUCUGUUGCAGUGCCAUUUGUUUUCUCAGCUUUGGCCAAUUUUUAUCCUGCAUUCCAGCUUUUUUUUACUGGUGGCAAAAGUGGCAAAGCAUGUGCCAAACAUUUUGGAUGUAGGAGCUCUAACAGUCCAUGAAUCAUCACUUAAUAUCCAGAGAGACGUGUAAACACGUGUUAGGUUACACACGUGCAGCUUUUUACUAUCUUUGCUAUGGUUCAUUCUUUUCACACCUGAUACUACUGAUGGGAUUUCACCUCGAGGGAGUUAGUAAGUUUUUUUCUAGUGUUGUAAUACAGCUCUUCAUUCUGCAGAUUAACUCACCCUUAAUCCACUACUUGUCUCCUUGGUAUUCAAUAUAUAUUUUGUAAGGGCCUUAAGAUUGCCUUGCAUGAGUAAGAAAAAUUUGCCCUUUUAGGGGAAAAAUGUUCAGCACAAAAUAAUUCAGCGCAGUGAAUUGUUCGGUUUGCCAAAGAAGCUGGGAGCCAUCAUACAGUCUCAGUUGUAUUACUUUAGUACAGGGGUGUCCAACCGUGGCAACUUUAAGACCUGUAGACCAGACGUCUUCAAACUUGGCCCUUUUAUGACUGCUUUGCUGGCUGAGGAAUUCUGGGCGUUGAAGUCCACAAGUCAAAGUUGCCAAGGUUGAGGACCCCUGCUGCUGUAAACUUUAACUCCCAGAAUUCCCCAGUCAGCCAGGCUGCCAAAGUUGGACAUCUCAUCUUUAGUGUAUCGAUUAUCCUACUUCAUCAGGAAUAGUUUGUAACCACAUAUAGGAUUUUAGGGAUAAUUCCCCUACAGAGCAGAGCAGCUUGCAUAAAUACGUGGCUGGAUGUAUCGCCAAGUCUUCAGUAUAAAUUGUAGGAAUUAAUUGAUUUUUCGAUACGAUUUGCCAAAAUACCUUGGCCUGGAAUGCAUAAAAUGAAACUGGAGUUUGAAUGGAUUUCCUGCAGUGGGAUUGGGCAAACGUGUGGGGUCUGGGUGGGGUGUACAUUCUCUUCCUGCUCUCCCAUGGAGUUGGAGGAUUUAUAGCUGCUGUUGUAUCUGUGGAGGAGGCAGGGCUCAAAUUUCAGACUUUUUUUUUUUUUUACCAGAAGGGGUUAAGGAACAAAAGUACAAAGCCUUAAGGUACUUAGUUUCCUCCCUAACUCUCCUUCUAAAUGGGGAAGAUCAACCUGAUCAUUUGUUUGUUUUGCUGCUUUUGGGGGGGGGGGGGGCUUGAAGCCUCUGCAAAGUGAUGGUCCCGUCCUGAAAUAUUUGGUCCUGACUAUCCUGGACUUUAUAGGUUAUCCAUUCGUGUCCUACAGCACAGGGUUUCCCCAACCGUGGCAAUUUCCAGGUAUAUGGACUUCAACACCCAGAAUUCCAUAACCAGCAUAGUCACUGCUGAGAAUCCUGGGAGUUGAGGUCCAAUUUAGGGGGAAUACUGUUCUAGCGAAAAGACCCUUGAUGAUUUUGAUUUCUGUUCCUUCUCUAUUUCCCUGCCUCCUAUGAGAGUUUUUGUCUCUGGUGCUGAUUAUAGUUUAUGAUUGAGUAACCCGCUGUUAUUUACCCAUCAGACUGAAUGGUUGUCGUAGUUUUGCCAGUUGAAGUAGCACCGCCUAGAACGGAUAGCGCCCUCAAAGACGAAUUGUACAGUUACUUAAAGAAGUGGUGUCUCCAACAUCCCAAUGGUGAUUCGGAAAGCACUGUAGGCCAGGGGUGUCCAGCCUUUGGCAACUUUAAGACCUGCGGACUUCAACUCCCAGAAUUCUGGGAGUUGAAGGCCACAGGUCUUUAAAGUUGCCAAAGUUGGACACCUGUGCUGUAGGCUUUAUUAGGGAGUGAGCCAAGCCAGGUCACAUAGUGCCUCCCUCUGCAAUAGGGCUCCUUACCUGACCAAUCUGUAUAUAACCAAUCCCCCUGGUAGCUAGAUUUCUUAAGUCCUGCAUGUAUAUCUGAACUGUUGGAUAUUCUCGUAACUUUUAUUCCUUCCUCCUUGCCCCCCUUCUUACUGCACCUCCUCCCUUGAACAUUAUUUUUGGGGGAAAGGGAGGGGAAGGGCUCCUGAGCAGCAUUUGCCACAGCUGAAAGGGAAGAUGCCUCCCUUCCAGGUAUGGAUGAGACACGGGACUUCUUUGGGAUUGCAACUGUUACUUAGAAACGCGAGGUGGCAAUUUCUGACCUUUGGAAAAAAAAAUCAUGCGUCCUUGUGCCCUCCCUCCCCCUCUUAAUUAGGCCCCCUUGCUACUCAGACUACUUCCAUAUUUGAGGCAUUGCAAGUCUUAUUUUUAUUUCUUUUUCUUUUGGUGAAAUAAAGAUUGUGUAAAAUACAUGCAAGACUGUUAAAAUUCUUAGUGGUGUUCUGGUGAGUCUGUUCACAGUGUUAACUAAAUGAUUAAUAAAUAAGAUUUUUUUUUUUUUGAAAAAUGUGCCUGACUUUCUUUGAUUUUAAACAAUAUGGGAUUUCUUAGAUAUUUCAGGCCUUUAUUUUUACAACACAAUGGUGCUCUCUUUGUUUCCUUCUUGCUGUAGCACAUCUCUGUGUUGGUCCUAGCCUCCUCUUCCUCCUUCCCCAAAGGAGUUGUGUCUGACUUGUUUUCAUAAAUGGACAGUCUUGUGCUUUUGCUGUUAACAGUUCCAGGAAGUGUGUGGUAGGGUUAUUUUUAACCUUCACUUGCUACUGUCUUCUCUAGAAGAAAACCUUCCAAAAUAUUUCCAGGUACCAAGUGAAUUCUGCACUGCCUCUUGGAUUGUGUGUUCAGAACAUCUUAAAUCCUUUUAUUGAUCCUAAUUGAUUAAACAAAAACACAGAGAUUUGUGCCAUUUUUUUUCCUUAGUGCUGUUGUAUAAAGACUUCCCUGUUGGGUGGCGAGAAGGGAGGGGGGGGGAAUGGACACUUGCUAUGAAUUGUUUAUAGUUCUUCCCCUAAUGAAUCUUUCCUUUGUAAUUGUACAGUGUCUCAGUGAAAAAUGUUGCCUGACUUAACAUUGUAACCAAUAAACAAGCGCUUUUAACUAGG